AUGUCACAGCGCAGCAGUGAGAGCACAGCAUCACAGGAGACUUCGAUCAAUACUGCGAUCAACUCGAGCUCGACGAGUAUCACCGAGGCCGACAAACCGGUCUUCUCGACUCCAGGCUUCAGCAAGGUUGAAAGGAGUGCGAUGGUGCCUGGCGAAGCGGUGGCCGCUGACGAGGUCGACAUGAAGAAUGCGGAAAACUACACGACGUCGAAAGAGUCGAGCUCCUCGUUCUUCUCAUCGUCGUCAUCUUCAAAGCAAGAAGGUUCUUCUUCCUUCUUCAGCUCCUCGUCUUCUAGAAACGAGGCCUCGAACUUCUUCGGAGACGACGUGGUGUCACCUACACAGGUUACCACAACCACGGAGCCGGACGGGAAGGACUUUCCUGGCGCUUUCCCAUCAGAAUUGGGAUGA